AUGGCUCCAUCAGCGGCAUCACUACCUUCAGCAGCAGCUGUGGAGCAGCACCACGAGAGCUUUCGCCGAUGCGUUGACGAUUGGGAUUCUCGCGUGUCGGUGUUGACGCACCAGUUGCAGUCUCGGAGCCAGUCAGCAUGUGAUUUAGACAGCUGGCACGAUGUGAUUGGCGUAUCUGCAGAGCCAUGGGGCGGAGGGAAUCCUGCUGCAGCAUCCAUAGCAUCUUCUGUAGUGGCCUCGGCAGCAGCAGCACCUGCAGCAGCAGCACCAGCAGGAGCAGAGGGGUCGGCACGAGUAUCGCCAGAUUCGUUGAAUCUGCUCAUUCAACACAUCUCGUCCAAAUGCUGUGCCAUAUACGAUGCAGAACGGGAGGUCUUAAAUCGCUUGCUGCCUCGCCUGCUGCUAUUUGGGAAAUCCCCUGCCGGGCCCGUCAACCCCCACUCCAGUGCUACCUCUGAGUUCUCGUCCUGCAACGCACCAUCCUCUGUUGUGGGGGAAACGAUAGCUGAUCAACACGAGGGCGGGGAUGUGGGUGAAGCUGGUGAUAGUGAUGGGGAGGAUAGGGGGGAUAGGGAGGAGCGGGAGGGCGGGGAUGGAGAUGGUGGAUCAGAGGAGAGUCAAGAAGAGAGAGGUGGGGACGAAGUGAGAUUAAGUGGAAGGGUAGGGAGAGAGGAGGAGGAUAGUAGAGGGUUAGGCGGACCAGCUGAGGCGAGAGGUGAGGGUGGUACAAGCAAAAGUGACAGAAUUGAUGGUGAUAAUGGUGAGGGGGAGCGGGAUAGAUCCCAGGAGGAUUCAGAAAAAUGCGAGGAUGAUUCUGUGGAGGAGGCUGUAGAAGCGGACUGGGAGGACGGCAAUGCAGUGGAGGGGGGAAGGGAGGGAGAGGGAAGGGAGGGAACGGGAGGGGUGGAAGGGGAGGAGCAGCAGCGGGUGGCACGAGUGUUAGUAGAGCUACAGGCGCUGGUGCUGGUGGGGAAGGAUCUCACUGCCACUAUGGAAGAGCUUCUAGUGCUGCUCGUGGCGUUGCUUGGAGGGGAGGAUGGGAGGCGCGCAGGGUGGGAUGGAGGUUUGGCAGGUGGAUUGGGAGAGGAGGAGGCGGAUGAGGGGCUUCAGGAGCUUCUUUGUUCUGAUUGGUUCAAAUCAACCGAGUACUUUACAGUGCGUCUUGAUGCACCGGCACUAGACGCGCUCGCAGCAGGGGCGGCUGUGCUCUUGGUGAUUGACUCGGCACUUGCUGCCAACCCUGCUGUUGCCCGGGGGAUUGCUGCUUACAACAGAAUGCUUCAGGCAGUGCGUUGUAACAUGGAGGCGUAUUCUGCGGUUCACGGCGGUGCAAAGCGGUACCAGAAAAAGGGAGGGAGAGGCAGCAGAGGUCAACGGGAAGCGUUCGAGUUGUCUCUAGCGGAGCUGCAGGGGCUGCUGAUGAUGCUGGAGGCAGCAAUAGGGCCGCAAGGCGAACAUGGAACCUUCUUCCAGAGCUGGAAGGAGAGUGUAGCCCGGGCAGUGGGUCCUGCAGCACCUCCCCUCGCUGCUGCAGCAAAGGCUGGAAAAGGAGGAAAAGGGGGAAGGGGGAAGGCAAGUGCGGGGCGGCAGGUGCUGAGCGGGCGGGCGCUGUGGCGGCAGCAGCAGAAGUGGCUGCUGCCGCUGGUGACUCACUUGAACUCCUCUGCUGAUUCUGCUCUUCAUGCCAUCGGCAGCCACUCCGAGCAGCACAACACCCGUCGCCACUUAGCCGGAUGCAUCGCUCUCUUCCUCUCACUCGCACCCAUAGCAGCAUCGGGCUAUGAGAAGCAACUCAUAAAGGCCACCCCAAGCCUCUUCGAAGCAGUCAGGCUGCAUCCUCUGUUACCUCUCGCCGGACCCCUCCCCCUCUCGGCCACUCUCCCCCCCCUCCUCGCCCUCCACCUGCCCCCUUCCCUGCUGGCGGUUUCCCCUGCGCCCUUCUCUGCCCUGGGGGAGGGGAAGGGUGGGGGGAAGGCGGGAGCGAAAGGGGCAGGCGGAAAGGGGGAGGUGAAAGCAGUGAAAGGGAGUGCAGAGGGGAGGGGGAACGGGGGAGAGAGUUCGCGUGGAGUGAGGGAGGUGUGUGAGGAUGUAUUGAGAAGAGCAUUGGAUCGGGCUAAUGAAGACCUACCAAGGCUCGCAUCAGCCUUCCCUCCCCUGGCUGCCUCUCUGUCCGCAGCCCUCAGGCUCCCGCUCAGGCUGUCUUUGCAGUGCGAUCUCCUGGAGGAGGCGGUAGGGAGUCAAGUGAAGCUGGUGCACCAGACUCUUGCCGUCACAUGCAACUCGAGGCAUCAGGUCCAGACUCUGCUUGAUCUGCACGCCAGCCUGCGGGUGUCUCUCAAGAGGCGUCAGAUUGUGCUUGUCGCUGCAGUACUGCAAGCAAUCAAGCAAGUGGAGUCGGCUCUGGCAGCGUGCCUCCCCUCGCUCUCCCUCCACCUACCUCUGUACCAGCAGCACCUGCUGCGACAACUCAACGCAGCCUUGCUCCCUCUUCAGAUGGAUCAGCUGGCGAAGCUACCCCGGCCAUCUCCCUUGCAAGCACAUCCAACUACAGGAGAUGUGGAAGGAGGGAGCGAGGCGAUGGGGGGAGGAGGGGGUGGGAUAGAGGGCGAGGUAGCAGGUCAGCCCUCAUCGUCGUCGGUUGCUGCUCUGCUUGCUUCAGCACCCCCGCCUGCUGGCUCCCUCUUCCCUUGGAGCAACAAGGCUGCCAUGGAUAACCACAAGAAGCUCGUCAACUCCAUUGCCACUUUCACCAGCAUGCUUCAGCUGACGUGGCAUCAGCUGCCGUCAGAUCGCCUCCUCUCCUUCCUCUCGACUGCUUGCGCCCUCAUCCCUCCCAUUGUCGCUCCCAUUCCCUCCUGCCAGCCCCUACUCGCUCAGCUCCACUUCUCCACACUCCUCCCCUCCCUCUCAUCCUCCUCACCCUCCUCCGCUUCCUCCACCACCACCACUGCCUGUUUCUUCCUCUCCUCGCGGGCUCAUCUCCUCGCGCCUGCGCUUGCUGCUCUCUACUCUCAGCCGCUCAUCCAACCCAACUCGCUCCAGUACCUGAUAGACGCCUUCUUGGAUGGGGCUCGGUUGCUCCUGCAGCCGCACACGCAGGACCGGCACAGCAAGCAGUCGAAAGAGCACACGGGGAGAAGAAGCAGCAGCCGGAGCGUCUUGUGGGGCGACAUUUACAGUGUGGAGAAUCAACUGGAGGCUGCAUUGGUUCAGUCAUUCCAGUGGCCGCUCACUCGAGACGUCAUUGCAGACCUCCAUCUGCAUGCCAUCUCCCACUCCGAUCUGCACUCCUCCAAUCCGCGCUUCAACCCCCGCAAGACAGGGGUGCGCAACCUGCUGCAGUUCCUGCAGCUGCCGCCCAUCCGCCUGCUCUCCAGCCAGGUUGACAUACAAGCACACGUGGCACAAGCACUGGCAGCCUCCCUCUAUAAUCACACUGCAGCCACUCCUGCCAACUGGAAGCUAGGCGAGGACGUGAGACAGCUAGCGGCCAGCAAAUAUCGGCUGCUUCUGCCGCCGAUUGCCAUAGGAGGAGGCCUGGCAUUCAGACUCCACAGCGCCCCUACUCCCUCCUCCACCUCCUCCCCCGCCCUUCCCUUCUCACUCCUCCACCCUCCCUCACUCGCUGCCAAUCUCCCGUUCUUCGUCUCUGCGUUCUCGUUCGACCUUUCCACUUUAACCUUCCACCAACGGCCCUCCUCCCUAGCCAGAUUCCACGAACCUUCCUCACCCAUCCCUUCCACCCGCCAUGCUGACUCAUCAUCACCGUUCUCCUCGGCGCACGGGCCUCGGUCGCUCACGCUGCGCCAGCUGUUCGGUCUCCUCCAAUCCACGCACGCCAUGCUGUUUCUCCAGCACGCCGCCACGUCAGCGUGCAAGCUGAUUGCGGGGAAGCUGUCUCACCUGUCUCGUGCAGAGCACACUCUCAGUGCCCUUCCCUCACACGCUGCAGGAUCACCCCUCCAUCGCCUCCUGCUCGCCUCGCCUCUCUCCCACCAGUCGCUCCUCCUCCUCUCCUCGCUCUCCAACUCCCUCCGCGCAGCCGCACACACUCAGCCCGUGCCGCUGCUCCAUCUGCUUAUCUUCACCAGCUUCUUUCUCCAGCCUCGUCUUGUCCCCUCCGGCCCCCCUCGCCGCUUCUUUUUCCCACUUCCUUCCCAUCCCCCCUCUCAGGAGCUUCAAGCCUCGCCUCAUCGCCCUUUCCUCACGCUCCCUGUCGCCAUUCCCCCGCUCUCCCUGUUGCUGGCUUCCAAGAAACAACUAGCACAGCAGAGAUUAGCAGAUGCAGUGGCGGGGGGUGGCAGGGACGGCCGAGUGGGGGGAGGUAGGGUUGGUGGCGAUCCUGGUGGGAGUGAGGGAGGGCGAGGAUGGGAGAGAGGAGGAGAGGGUGAGGGGGGAGCAUGGGAGGCACAAGAUGACGACUGGCUGCCUGAUGAUGGAUUCACACUGGGAGUUGCGUUUCUGCUCACGGUGGCCAAUCAGCGCCUUGCCUUUGACUCCAUCGACUGGUUCUCUCUCGCCCUGCACCACCUCUCCUUCCAACGCCAAGCCAUGCCGUCGAAUCCUCCUUCCACUCUCACUUCUGCUGCUGCUAGCAGUGACGGCGGCGGUGGUGGUAGUGGUACUGGUGGUGCUGCUGCUGGUGCUACUGGUGCUGUGAGUGGUAAAUCAGGAGGCGGAGGAGCAGCUGCAGGGGAGGAUGACGAGGGGGAGGAUGGGGACGGCACUGGAGGUGCUGGAGGAGGGGUGACUUCCCUCUGGUCUUCCUGGUUCGGAGCCACUGCUGCUGCCGAACCUGCAGCUUCGCAGCCGGAGCUAUCCCCCGAGCUGACCCACCAGCUUCGGCAGAGGGAGCGAAUGCUGGCAGGUAUGGCCGAGCAGCUGAGCCUGAUGAAUGUGGUAUCCAUUGCUGCUCUUCGGCUGUUUGGCUCUAGCCCAGCCACCACCACACAGUGA